UUCCGAGAUGGCGGCGUAAGGACGGCCGUUCCGUGGGACACGCCCCCUGUGUCUAUAAAGCAGUCAGCUGAUCGUCAGCGGCUGUUGUGGAUGAAAGACCCCGGUUCAGAGACGGCGUCGUCAAACCGGCUGUGAAGGUGCUGAAUCUUAUUUGAAAAGUGAAACCAGUUUGAGGGUUGAAUAAAUUCUUGCAUAAUCUGAAAGAGAGAGAGGAAAAAUCAUGGCCCCAACACUGUAUGACGAGAAGCCAGAGCCUGGGGACCUAGUUGAGAUCUUCCGUGGUUCCUAUCAACACUGGGCUGUGUACGUUGGCGAAGGUUAUGUUGUUCACUUGGCGCCACCCUCGGAGGCUUCAGGGGCACAGUCCAACAGCAUGAUGUCCGCCAUCAGUGACAAGGCCAUUGUGAAGAAGGAAGGGCUGUGGGAUUUGGUCAAGACCGACCAAUGGGUGAUCAACAAUGACCUGGAUAAGGACUACGAGCCGCGACCGGUCCGCAAUAUCAUCAGGGACGCCCUUUCACUGGUGGGCACGCAGCUGCCCUACUGCGUCCUCAGUUGGAACUGCGAGCACUUCGUCAACGAGCUGCGCUACGGCAAGGGGGAGUCCCGGCAGGUGCGUAAGGCCGGGGAGACGCUCAUGUACGCGGGCGCAGCCACAGCGAUCGGCAUAGGCAUCGUGGCUCUGGCAGGGGCCUUCUUUGGAGGCAAAGACAAAGAAAAGAAGAACAAGCAUUGAUUGACUUCACAGGGCACCUCUUUUGGGAGGGGAGGCGUUUAUGACUAAUAGCCAAUCACCAGCAAAACCUAAUUGAUACUUUAAUUGAUCAGUCUGAACCAGUAACAGCUAACUCAUAUACACAAGCCUUGGGGGUUUGGUGGGUAGGAGUGUUCACUUCUCUGACUUCGAAUCCUAAGUCAUCCCUAAUCCCAUUUGUUUUCUUUCAGCCCGAGGACGUAUUUACUGUUAGCUGAUUUAAACAUACUUGUUGGGGGGGGGGGGGACCUCGCCGGGUUAACAUAUCAGAUUGUUUCUUCCAAUAAUAAAAAGGAUUUUUCAUAAUUUUUCAAACUUUUUAAAAAGAUUUAUACUGACAAACUAACGGCACAAAAAGAGCAAACGCAACAGAGGAGACAGCCGUCAUCGUCUGGUCGGCAACAGUUUAGCGGAGGAGAUCUCUGCCGCACCCACGAGGACGGUCUGAUAAGCUCAUUAAGAUGUUACUCGGAAUAAGUUUUUACCUUGAUAAAACCGUGUUUUGUUGAUAGUGACUAGCGGGAAGGAUUUUAAAAAUCUGUCAUUGGGAAAAUGUACUCUCGUACAGACAUGUACACCAACAAAUACUGGUGGCGGUACCGUUCUGUUAAAUGUGCAGUUGCAGGGCAACAGGAGUGGUGUGGAACAUGUUAUGCUCUCUACAACACAUAAUAUGUGUUACAUAAUGUAUCGUGCAUUUUCAAGUCUUAUUCCCAGCUAGAUGCCUGUAUGCCUAUACUAUAUAUAUGGUGUUAUGUUAUGUAACAAUUCUUGCACUUUUUUUGAAUAAAGAGUUAAUCA